ACGCGGGGAAUGUUGUUCCUUUUUUUAACACUGACGUAUAAUUGGAAAAUACGCGGUUAUUUAUAAAGAAUUUUCCAUCAAGUGGUUGCGGAAGGAAAAUUCUUAUGACUGCUGUUAAAGCAAAUUAAAUCCCUUAUAAGAGGAAGCAGCCUACGAACGAGCGGUCGAAAUACUUUUACGUCAUCGUCAUUCAUUAUCAUAAGUCUGAUCAGCCAUAUUUGUUGUCGGCACGGUGAAGAGAGGGUUAACAGAACCAGUUGAUACCACCUUUAAACAUUAAAAUCGCGAUUCUAAUCGCGUGGACUCCUUCAUACAACAAGCAUGAUGAGGAUUAAUGUGAUUGUGCUGGUGAUAUCCAGCACAGUUAUGGGAAUGUCUGAACCCAACGCCUAUCCUCCACAAAUCAUUUCACCGAUCCAAAGCCGAUCUGGUCGGCCAGAGAUUCAUGGCAUCAUUGGUGAAGACCAGACCAUUGUGAAACUGCAGCAUCCUUUGUUGGCUACUGAUGCUGAUAAAAUUGGUGGUGCCUCAUUUAUCUGCAAGUUUGUGGUGAAAGAAAAUAAAAAACAUCCCAGGAAGUUGGAGUUUCCUUUUGAAGUGCAAAUGAAAGAAGGAGCUGGUGAGGGUGAGAUCCGUGUAAAGGAGGGCAUGCACCUGGAUUUUGAGCAGCAGAGUCACUACAGAUUCUACAUUGCUGCAGAAGACUGUGGGUCACCACCUCAGCAGUCUGAGAAAGCAGUUGUUUUAAUCAAGGUGAAGGAUGUCGAUGAGUUUGCUCCACGGUUUGAAAAUUCUUCAUACACUGUUGAAAUUGAAGAGGGCAAAAUGUAUGAUGAGAUCAUCAAACUGCGCACCAUUGAUGAAGACUCUUCAGAAACAUUUCAUUCCAUCUGCAGUUUUGAAGUCAUAACACCUGAUGUUCCUUUUUACGUGACAACAGAUGGGGCCCUUCGCAAUACUGAAGUCUUGGAUUAUUCCCUUCAUAGGAACUAUAUUCUCAAAGUGGUAGCAACAGACUGUGGACAGCGCAAGUCAAGCCCUGUUUUUGUCAACAUCUUGGUCAAAGAGCAGUGUCACAACGGCUGGCAGGACGUCCCAACUGAGGUGUCGUACACUGCAGGCAGUGGCCGAAAAAAGAUUGCUGAGAAUGCCCAGCUUCGGCUCUGUGAUAAGGCAUGCACGCCAGAGCAACUGACAGUGAAAGUUUCCCUGACAACGAAGCAUAUUGGGAAAGGGUGUGACCGAGAUACCUACUCUAUUACAUCCCAGCGCAAACUUUGUGGUGCCAGUGGAGAAAGUGUGGAUCUUUUACCCUCUCCAUCCGAGGCAGAUUGGACCAAAAAUCUUCCCACUGACGAUGGACAUGUCAUGGACCAGAUCUUCUCCUUUGAUGGCCAAAGCAAUGCUGUAGAAGUGCCUGCUGGACACUUUGAUCACCAGCUUGGUGACCACUUCACCAUCUCUAUGUGGAUGAAACAUGACUUCCCAGAAGGCGGCCCAGUCAAUGUUCACCACUCUGGACCAAAGGAGCAUGUCUUGUGCAUGUCUGAUGGUGAUGGAAUGAACCGUCAUCAUUAUGCUCUGUGGGUUCACGGUGAGAAACUGAUCUUCUUGCUGCGUCAAGAAGGGAAAACGGGUGCUGACAUGGAGGUCUUCAAACCAGCUGAGUUCCGCUGGCGCAUACCUCAAGUCAAUGACAACGAGUGGCACCACUAUGCCAUCAGUGUUGACUUUCCUGAUGUUCGUUUAUACAUGGAUGGGAACCUACUGCUGACAGAUUCCAACAACUUUGAAGUGAUUGAUGAUUGGCCUCUUCACAAAACCCACAGAGUGCACUCUACUAAGCUAGUAGUAGGAGCUUGCUGGCAGGGAGCUGAAACCACUUUCAAAGACUUUUUCCGUGGCUAUCUGGCUGGUCUUUCUGUGCUUAAAGGGAAAACAGAAAGUGAGCGUGUUAUUAAGUGCCUCCACAACUGCAAAGAGAACCUUGAUUUUCACGCCUUGGGAGAUAUGUCUGCAGGCACCGUGGUGAGCUUCAACAGCGACAUGACAGAGUUUACUGUCUUUAGCAAAUCUUUAUCGGAGGUUGAAAAGAUUUUGCGUGAAGUCACAUAUGUCAACGCUCGUGCAUACCCAACACCAGGCCGUCGUGAUCUUCACAUUGAAAGCACUGUGACGUGCAAAGGUCAGGAGCAGGUGCUACCAGCAGUAAACAGCUACAUCAUGGUGAAAGAACCACCUAAGGCUGUCAUUGUUAUAAGUGGCGCAGCCAACCUCACACGUCUUGUAUAUGAGUUUGAACGUGGUCUGCGCAUUUUCCAGGAUGUUCAUAUCUACUCCACAAGUCAGUCUAGUUCCAGCAUUGAAGAGGAGGAGGAGUACGAUGAUGAUGAUGAGGAGGACAAGGAGAAACUACUUCUGUUGUAGAGAAGACGACCAUGAGAGCAGAUGAAAAAGGGUUCCAGGGCACAACUGAGCGUAUCUUCUCUUUUAGAGGUCACAGAAGAUGGGAAGAAGCAAGACCAGUUUUUCAUUGACACAUGCCGGGUUGAGGCUGAUCCCCCACUUGACCUCUUUGUGGAACAUCUGUCACUUCCUACUCACUUAAUGGAGAACAGAGGACUGGUCUGGACUGAGACUAAUGAUGGUGUGGUUGUUAUAAAUGCGGAUAAGAUUGAAUACUAUGAGGAGGUCAUCCGGGACAUCCACUACUAUCACAAUGAACCCAGCAAGCUGUCUAACCGCACUCUCACUCUUAGCUGCACUUCCCAGAAUGGACGUUUCAUCAGUAACAAGUUUGUUGUCAGGCUGGUGGCAUUGCAUGAGGUGCAUGACAGGCCCAGUUUUGCAAACGCGCAGGCAGCACCUGUAGCACAUGUGCAGCAGUCCCUUGUGAGUUCUGUUAACCAGGAAAGGCAUGCUGCUGCAACUUCAACCUCCAAUCUAGGAAUGGCAGCAAUCAUUGUGGUUUGUGUUGGCUUCCUGCUCUUCAUGAUCAUUUUGGGAGUAGUUCGAAUUCGUGCUGCCCACCGCCGCACCCAAGUGGUCCAUGUUGAGGAAAAGCAGGAGAUGGAGUGGGACAACUCUGCACUCAACAUCACAGUGAACCCUGUAGAGCAGGAGAUCUUUGAGUAUGAAGACAAUACCCACCAGAGUUUCCAUGAUGACAGCGAGACAGAUGAUGAUGAAAGCAGUAUGCAAGGCGACUAUGGUGAGAGCUCAGAAGACGAGCCUCAGGAAACCAACAAAGCCCCCACCAAUGAUCUUGAAUGGGACCAUUCCAAUCUUGGGUUUUAAGUGACUCGCCAUCAGUUACUGUCGUGUGUUUUAGAAGUGAAACUGUGAAAAAGCUAAAGGAAUAUUGUAGAUAGAAGAUGGAAGAUCAUGCUUAAUUGUGACUGCAUUCUUUGAAAUGCUAGAUUUCAAAUUAGCCUGAAAUACUUGUUCAUAGAACAAUCAGCAUUAGUAUCCACACAUCUUGGAACUGUGAAUGUGCUGUUAUAUUUCUGAGUAAUCAAAAUGUUUCACCUGGUACUGUUGUUUAAUGCAGUUGGACCAUUUUAAAGAUAACUCUAUGUGAAUUCGGGCUAUUGCCACUGCCCAAGUGGAUUUUGCACAGAGCUCUUGAAAGUUAUGGCAUGGAAAUGUAUAAAGUGUUCUCUUCAGACAGAAUCAUGUAUAAAACAGGGUUUUCUUUUGAAUUUCAGAUUAAUAAUUAACCCAAACUGUAAAUAUAUUUGAAAAGAAAUCUGAAGUCCUACUUAUGGCGUGUCACUUUUCGGCAUAAUUUCUGCAUGUGUGACAUAAUUCCAUGCUGUAUACAUGGAGGAGAAAGCACGUUGGUGGGGUAAGCAGGGAAGUGUGAGCAUGUUGAUCGGUUCAGAAAUAUCUGUCUCUGUUACUUGCAGGGAAAUUUUCUCUGUUACCUGGAUCAUUGGAAAUCUUCAUUUAUUGUACCAUCAGUCUCAUCCGUGCAUGUCUCCUUACACUUUACUGCUUUUUUAUGUGGGUAGUUACUGUGUGUUCUUGUUUUUGUUUUUUUUGUAUUACGAAAAUUUCACCCCGCCUAACACAUUCUCCUUCCAACCAUUUUUAUCAGCCUUCUGCAUUUUUGGGUGUGAAUAAUCUCUACUUAAGAUGUAACAGAUUAAAAGUACUGUUAUGGAUAGUGUUCAUUUUGUGCAGCUAAGCAAUGCUGUUUGUGACCAAUGGCAGAUCUAGGUAGACAUCAACAGGACUCUUCAUUUCCUCAGUGUUCCUUCGGAGCAUUGGCCUUAAUCCCAGCCAGCCAACUUGAAGCCAGCAGUGCCCAUAGAGACUUUGAAAUCGCCCAACAGUCCAGUACAAUGAAUUUAACAUCACAGUGCUUUCAGAAGCGUUGCUGCAGUGCCUUUCCAAGUCUUUGCAAAGCAAGGCUUUAAAGUAAUGAGGAACUAUUCAAAGUGAGGCUGGUCUAGGAAAUCAGGAAAUAAAAAUAAUGUGUCAAUUACACUCUGUAUUAUAUGCACAACUACAGACCUUGUGGACAAACUUCUUCCUCCACAAAACCCUAGAAUAUAUGCUAGAGAAAUAGCUUCAGGUCUCUUAUUGCUGUAUAUAGUUCUCAGUUCUGGUCUCGAGAGAUCUACUAAUACAUUCAGUUCCUUGAAUUGUCUACUGUCAUAUUCUGUUUUCAUCAUCCCUUAAUCACCUCAUUAUUAGUACACUCGCAGUUUGCAUUUUAAGAAAAGGUCAUUAUUGUUUGGAUAAAAUAUAUGUUGAACUAGAUCUUCCCCGCCCAUUUCUUCUUGGUACGUGUGUAUGUUGCUGAUAGUGGGUGUUGAUUAUCCUGCAGCACACUCUUCAUUACACGUAGACGAGCAGUCCCGAAUGCUAUAUUUGUCCCAAAGGUUGUACGCAUUAAUUACAUUUCUACAAUCAUGGUAGUCUUUCAAUGUCUUUGUGGGAAAAUGUUGUUACAUUGAAAUUCAUGAUUCCUUCUGUUCAUAUAUUCAGUCAAGCGCUUGGUGGUAUAAUUUUCCCCUUUCUAUAGAAGUGCAGUUUUGUUGGCUUUGGAUCUCCUGUUGUGCACGUUUAGCAGUGAUAUUCAUUACUCCAAUAAUGUGAUUGAUUUUAAUAAUUUCAUCUUCAUUAAAAGCGAUGGAGUGAAAACUUAAUGUUUAUUUCAAGGAAUGACAUUUAUUUUUUCAAGCUUGCUGGCGAGGAGAAGUGUUUUGUCUUCAAAAAUUUUAUUACAGAUUUACCAUGCCCAACAGUAGCUUGGUCCAGAACAUUCCGCAUGCUACCAGGAUGAUAAAGUACUUUAACUGGAUGAUAUGCUGGACACAACUCACCUACAUUUUUUUUUUCUAAUGAAACACUAGCAGUUCUGUAAGAAAUGAGGGGGAAGGGGGUGAGGAGAAAACAUUCACUAUUUCGUGAAACUGUUCCUUGGACAUACCUGUACGUUGUCCAGUCAUGUCGAGUACUUUUGUACAAACUCAGUGAUUGUUGGUUGUUUCCUCAUCGCUUAAUGGUGUUGUGAUGGCUUAUCAUUUAUCAAUUUUGGACGUUCUCAGUGCUGUUGUGUCAAGGAGAUUUAUUUUUUAAAAAUUCUUAUAUGGCCGUUACAUUGCAUCUCAAAGGCACAGCACCUGAGUGUAUGGCCUGCACUUACCUGUAUCUGUAUACUGAAUUCCAGAAUGUAUUAGUAAAGUAUAAAUGGUAGUAGGGAUUUUAUUUCAAGGAUAUGAAGUUGUUGAGCAAAUGCUUUUUUUUUAAAUCCCUCUUCUAACCACGCAACCACACAUCCCGCCUCUGUUACUUUAAAUCUCAUGUAAUAUAAAAUCACUUCUGAGCUCCAUCAUUAAUGUCGGUGACACUUUAGUUCAAAAUUACAUGGUUACUUGAAGUGUUGUUUCGCAUGGGUAAAGCUGUUUUUAUCUUCUGAAGUUAUAAGAAUGAGGAUUUUUCUGUCAGAAUGAAAUGUUCUCCUUCUGCCGCACUUUUUUUGAUUGGUUGUAUUUUUGAAACUUUUUUUAUGGGGUGCAAAAAAGGUGGCGUGGCAGAAGAUGCAAAAAGUGACAUUUCUAUGGUAUUGCUUUCAGAGUAUUUGUUUAAUUUAUGACAUGUGGCAUUUACACCAGUAAGAUGUAAAAUGAUUAAGUGAAAUCACACCAAGUAUUUUCAACCUUCUCAUGAAUUAGCAUGUACUGUUUGCUGUGGGCAUGAGCAGAGAGCUGUUUUCUUAGGUGCCCACAACUGGUGUCACCAUAAGACAGUGCAGACCUGGAUGCAAAGUCAUUCAGAAACAACUAUGCAUUCACUGCUGCCAUUAGCAUCUUGCCACAGUGUGGUAAUAUUCACAUUCUAGUUACAGGACAGAGAAACCUGCAAGUUAGAUUGGACUUGCUAGAAGCACAAAAAGGCAAUAGUUUCUUGAAUGAAGAUGCUAUGCUGAAUUAAUUUUUUUAGCAUAUUACUAUCAUUUUGUAAAACUACCAUUUAAAUACAAAAAUAGUGUGCUUUUAUUAUUAUUAUAUAUACACACAUAAAAAUAUAUUUUAAGUCAACUUGCUUAUUAUUAAGUAAUAUUACUGGAUAAAUCUUAAUCAAAUGCGCAUGGCAGUUUAUAAUGUAUUAACCUGGUGUGGAAAACAUAAUUAGAAAGGGUAUUUAUGGUGUGUUUAUAUUAUUUUAGUAUUAUAAUUUGAUUUUAUUGGUAUGGUCUUAAUACUCAUGCUCAUGGAUAGCUUGGUACCUAAAGCAACCAGCAGAGCUAUAGGGAUUUUUUUCCUAGAUUCUUGUUGCUCUCCAUCACCUACCCACAUGUAAAGAUAGAGCCAUCGUGUGAACAUAGAUUUUCUUUUAACAGCCAUAAAUACCAAUCAUAAUGUAUAUCACGAUCGAGUUUUAAUGCUUGUUUGUUGCAUGUAAUGUGGGUACAUUUUGCACUAGGUGCUUUUUUUCCUGUGAAAAAGUAAGUGUUUACAAGUCAAAAUGUUUUCUUUAUUGUCAUUUAUAACCCACGCUUAUGUUUCGCCUCCUGCCCCAUACACUGCUAUCAGCUUCAUAAACUGUAUAUGUCCAGAAACAAAAGAUUUUUAAUAAAAGGUGUGGUUGGUGGGUAAGACAGGGUCACAACUGGUUGAUACCUGCACAUUGCAGUUUUAUGUCGGCAAGUUAAUGUGGUAUAAAAUCCAUCAUAGCAGAAAACAACGGACAUGUCAUUUGGACAAGAUGGUAAAUAAAGUCCCAGCCACAAGGGA